AUGUCUGAACAAAUGGAUGAGUUAAUGGAUAUUGAGCCACUAGGACAAAUCGGUGAUGCCAACGAAAUAAACACGACACCCAGCACCAGCUCUGACACACAUGGUGUGCGUCACGAAGCAAUGUUUCUCAGGUUCACUCUUGAUGCUCUCUCAACCCACGAUAUCAAACGUUAUCUUGACCACCAUCUCAAGGAUGCAGUUGCCAGUGUCGACCAAAGAAUCAACAGGUUUACGAUAGAAUGGAUCAACGACACUUCUAUUUGUGUUGUUUUCGACGAUGCAGAAUCAUGUUCAAAGGCAUUGGCGAUGUUGACCAAUGAUUAUGAUGAUGUUACGCGGUUUGACUCCACCACAGAAAGAAAGGCUAAGACCUACUUCUUUGGCGAGCAGCCAAAGGAAACUGGAGAAGAACAAAAACAACAGAAUGAAAUAUAUAUCAGGGAGGCUUACCAAACUGACAAAAAAGAAAAAAAUGCCAAGGACAAAUCAAGGUAUUAUUUACUUUACGGAGAACCAGAGAGAAGUCGCAGACCUCGCCAGGGCACUAGUAGAAGAAAUUAUUCGAAAAACAAUUACAGGGAAAGAGAUACGUAUGUUCCUGGCCGUAGCUCUAGGGGUGGUGAUGGUCGCGGUCAAAGUGAUGAAGAUGAUUUGUUUGCAGGAAAAUUCCCUUCAUUGUCGAGUGGUGGUUCGGCAAUAAAUGAGGCAUUCAAUCACAACAACGCCAGAGAUGAUCGAAUGGACCAGGAUGAUACUGAUAUUCAGAAUAGAUGGAAAUCUGAUAAAUUUAAUGGGCACAAUGAUGCUGAUGAUGAUGAUUUGUUCCCAAGCCACAGACCACGCAGAAGAUCAAGAUCAAGAUCACCGAGUGGGUAUCACAGCUCACGGUCAAGGUCACCUGUCGCCAGAGACCUCAAAGAUAGAAUCGCCCCUAACAAUGCGUCUCAUGGUCCCAGAAGACGUAGAGCUCACAAUUUGUUUGAUUGA